GAAACAUAAAAUAACAAACUUGCUCGUUCUACGGCUUGAUGUUCCAAGUGGGUGAUAUAGGUCUGGUGGAUGGUCAGACAGGCGUUUCAACUGUUGACUUUCUCAUUCUCGCCUGCAAUCAAACAUCAUUUAAUCAAAUGAUACUCCACGGUCGCUUAGAUAUGACGUCAACUAUUUACCGAAGCACCUACUAUCUAUGCUGAACACGUAAUCACACUUACCCUGCCUUUAUACUGUGGGGCAGUUCUCUUUAGCUAAACAAGCCAUCCGCUUAUAACUUGACAACUGUUUAUCGCCUAUUGUUGAGCCGACUAACAGCACACCGUUAUAUACGGAGUUCCCCCUUGCAGCGAUCCUACGGCUGUAUUUUGUUGGCUUCUUUGUCGCUUCAUCGAUCGACAAAGGAGGGAGGUCUUCUUUGAUGGUGCAGUGAAUAAGCAUCUUGACAAGCUAAGCUCUAUGAAGUAUUUAGUUCCAUCGUGAUCGAUCUCCCGUCUUGAAUUGACCAGAAACCGGACUAUUAUAGAGUCGGUAACUGACAGCAGCCUACCUAGCAACAGGGGAUAAAACACGCUGCUUCUGAUUGUAUUUGAAAAAAAAAUCCCCCUCCCCCCGCUGCUGAAGUGUAUGAUUUGGAUGCGUCUUAGAAACCUCUGUGUAGCUUUACAAAGAUGUGCAUAUUAAAAAAUGGGCGGGAUGGAGAGUUUGUGUCGUCCAAGUCUGAACAGUUGAAUCAAUGAAGCAAACUUGAAGAGAAAUUUUGGGCCCAUUUUCAGACCGACAAUGAUGUCUGUGCCAGGAGAAGUAUCGCCUAGACCAGUCGGUAGUCCGUUUGGUGUUGAACUGCCAUCAAUCAAGGGCCGAGGAAUUAGAGAAAAACCAGCAGUAGCGGCAGCCAACACCGGGGACUGGCAGAACAGACAUGUUGGAUACCAAGGCCGGGCGACACAAGACAUGCCAACAAACUCCUCUGGUAGCGCGGGUGGUAAUAAUAGGCCCAUGCCUGAUGUUGAAAAGUUGGAAAACCAAAGCCAGGAUAAGCCAACGGCUUCCAGUGCAGGGAAGCGGUUCAGAAACGGCAAAGUGCAUCCUGUGGACACGGUGUCUGUGGCGGAGUCCCGGGUGACCGGACUGAGUGACGAUGAGGAUUCCAACGGGGUAAGCACCGUCGACCUGGCCGCCUCGACCCGGCGCAGCUCUACCCUCUGGACGUCCCUCCGAGCCGCGGUCAAUUUCAACUCGACCUUCCUGGCCAGGAAGAGGGCCAAGAACUCCACGCAGAGGGUGGAUUCCUUCCUGGAGAAGUUCACCAUCAGGGGGAGAGAGACGACUGGGUAUGACGACCCAGAGAGCGAUGCGAAACACGGCGAGAAACACGAAGUGGACGCUGAACCCAGAACCUUCACCAUAGACCCUGAUGGUAAUUUCAUGUUUUACUGGCUCCUUGUGAUCACCAUAGCCUUUGAGUACAAUGUUUGGUUCCUUAUCGCUCGCGAGGCGUGGCCAGGCUUGCAGGACGCGGGAGGAGUGGCCUGGUUCGUCUUGGACUACUUCUUCGAUUUCAUCUAUCUCUUGGAUAUAUGCGUCCAGUUCCGGACCGGCUAUCUCGAGCACGGUAUCCUGGUGAAAGACGGUAAGUUUCUCGCCAAGCACUACAUGAGAUCGUGGAGCUUCGCGUUGGAUCUCCUGGCGCUGACACCACUGGAUUUCCUGUACAUCAUCAACGCGACUAGGCUGCAUCCCAUAGUUCGAUUCCCUCGGCUCCUCAAGGCCUACCGAUUGAUUGCCUGGUAUUACAUGGCCGAGGCCAAAGCCACCUUACCCGCUGUCUUCCGCAUCGUCAACAUCUGCCAUGUGCUGCUUGUCCUGGUCCACUGGUUUGCCGCGUUCUACUUCUUGUUCUGUGAGAGGAUCGGAUUCGGCAGCGGGGAUUGGGUGUACCCAUUUCCGGAGGGCGAGUUCAAUUCCACGACUAGGAUGUAUCUCAUGUCCUUCUACUGGUCCACACUGACGCUGACCUUGCUUGGCGAUAUACCCGUACCGUCCUCGGAAUGGGAGUACGUCUUCCAAAUUAUCAGUUACCUGAUUGGAGUGGUUGUGUUUGCCACAAUUGUUGGACAAGUUGGCAUCGUCAUAGAAAAUCGCAAUUCAUUGAGAUUGGAAUUUGAACGCCACGUGGAUAACGCCAAGAAGUACAUGAGGACGUACAAAGUUGCUAAAGAUGUUCAAAACCGGGUUUUACUUUGGUAUUUCCACUCGUGGAAAAGGUCAAGAACGGAUGUCGACAGUCUUGGGCCUUUACCAACAAAACUAAGAACAGAACUGGCAAUCCAUGUCCAUCUGAAGACGCUUAAAAAGGUCAACAUCUUCAGGGAGUGCCCUCCAGAGUUUCUUCACGACCUCGUUCUCAAGAUGCACACGUGUAUCCACACGCCUGGGGAUCUGGUUUGUCGCCGCGGGGAGGUCGCCCGGGAAAUGUUCAUCAUCACAGAUGGACUUCUCGAAGUUGUUCGAUCCGAUGGAGAGAUUCUUACAACACUUCAACCUGGAGACUUCUUCGGCGAAAUCGGCAUUUUGAAUCUAGAGGGCACAGCAAACAGACGGACGGCUGACGUGAGAUCGGUGGGCUACUCGGAACUCUUCACCCUCUCCAAGGGUGAUGUACUUGAUACACUGAGAGACUUCCCACAAGCGCAGGAGAAGCUCGAGGAAGAGGCUAGGAGACGGCUGAGCACGAACCGUAAGUCGCCCCCAUCCAGGACCCGUGGCAGACGGAGAGGGGACUCCAGCUGUACCGAAGCAUCGGACGUGGAACGACUGGUAACCAAAGCUACCGAAGGAGGGCGGGAAAAGAUUACUCCAGUUAAAUCAAGACAGCAACUUGUCUCAUCGCCCGAUGCCAGUCCCUCCUUAUCGCGUGUGGGCGCCCCCAACGGCGGUAAUUUGUACCGCCCUCUGCCGUCACCACGAGCAGUUUGGCCGAGACCCAAGCCCGAGGUCUCGCUGAAACCAUCGCGGCGAAAGCGAGGCUCCCGGGGCAGUGCGAGCUCCAGGGACAAAGAUGACGAGGCAUGGCUGGCAGACGUGGUUGCGACGGUGCAAGAAAAACUCCAAGAAAGAUUGGAUCAUUUUAACAAGGAGAACCGACAACAAGCCUUCCGCAUCCGGAAACUUGAAGACGAACUGAAGACGAAAGAGGAAGAAAAGAGCAAGAAAGACGAGGAAAUCGAGAAACUCAAGGAGAGAAUUCUGCUACUGGAGGACCUCUUGAAAACAGCUGACGUUACAGUGUCCUGACGUGGAAAGACGCCUGCACUGAUAGAGCUAAGAGACUGACACAAAUCUGUGAGAUCGGACCAUAGAUGAAAACAUUAUUCUUCCCUCGAAUGUUUACUAAAAGUAAACAAGAGUUCUUUUACUUUUGUGGAGCGAAAAAGUAAGAUGUGAAAUGGAUUCCCAAUGGCCCAAGGCUGUGCAUUAUAUCCGCUUUUGUUCCGUUUAUAAGUUUGUCAAACAGAUCCGACUCUGCUAAUUUCAGUGAUGCUAAGUGGAGACAUGUUUUGUGGUCUUGCUACAAACGAAGACAAACAUCGAACACUCAUUGUUUUGAAUUACUUUUAGGAAGAUUUUGUGUCUACAUGCUGUAAGGUAAUCUGCAGCAUGUCGUAUUUUUUCUAUUAUAGUAUCCUUAUUGUGCAAUCCGGAAUCUCUAUUUAUAGUUAUACAUGUAUAUAUGCUUUAUUACGUAAGAAUAUAUUCUAUAAUUUGAUGCUGUGAACAAUCACCGGUUUAGUUUAGAUUUUUUUAUAUUUAUAUUUCGAUACUUUUCAAGAUUAUUAAAGUCAUUUUGCAAGCUCUUAUUUCAUUUGAAGUGCAAGUAUUACAGAGGCCUACUUAGUUUAAGUUUGUACCAUUCACCAUUCUGUGAGGGCGCUAAUUCCGUUCCCGAAAUUGUGUGCAGGAAAUGCAGAAUCAUAUUAAUGAUCGAAGGAACAUUGGCGGGGGGG